UAUAGUACCUGAUACCAUCCAAGAACAUCACACUACUUCACUAGUAACCGAAGUGACCCAUCACUAAGCAUCAUGAAAGCCUUCGUAGCGUGCAUAGCCCUAGCGUUGGUGGCGGCCGCCCGUGCCGAGGCUCCCGGCGGCUACAACUACAACCGGCCGUCCGGCGGCUCCGGGUUCGGCGGCGGCUUCAGCGGCGGCCUGAGCGGCGGCGGCGGCUACCACGCCGUCUCCUCCGGCUACCAGACCUCCGAGGGCCAGAACGUUGACCAACAACUCCUCGAGCAAGUGCGCCAGAUCCUCCUCAAGGAAGAGUCCUCCGCCUCCUCCAGCGGCGGUUUCGGUGGCGGUUUCGGCGGCAGCGCUCCCUCAUCUUCCUACGGCGCCCCCUCCUCUUCCUACGGAGCCCCGUCCCCCGUCUAUGGCGCGCCGUCCGGUGGCCGCGUCGUCGGCAUCAACCUUGAGGGAGUCCGUCAGGCCAUCCAGGUCGCGCAGUUCGAGCAGUCCGGUGGCUCCUCCGGUGGAUACCCAUCUGGUCCCUCCUCCUCCUACGGAGCUCCCGCCCGCGCCCCCUCCGGCAGCUACGGUGCCCCCUUCUAAGUCUCUAACAAGUUUCCGAAUGCAAAACAUCGACUGGACCCUUCCGUGAUCGGAUUUUACCAACUGAGGAAUAGCAGAGUGCUCCGUUACUUCUAGUCCAUGCGUAGGUCCUCGAUAGCCACCGAGCGUUCGGAUGUUGUUUUAUUCGGGCGACUUCAUAAGAUCUCUGGAGCGGCCGAAUGUUUAAUCAAUUCGGUCGGCAGCCACGUACAAUGUAGGUGAUGCCGGCCCACCAGGCUCUUGUCUCACCAAAUCCAACACUUGCGACUAUGCACGCGAACGGGUUGCAACGCCCCAGCGGCCGGCCAGUCGCCAUUGGCACGUGUCCCGGUUAUACUGCGAGCCUCUCGCGGCUCUCGGCGACCGGUCCGUGUGCCAAAACGAGCGAAGUGGCCGGCCGUUGGGCUCAACACUUGUAUAAAGUUUAUUAUAAGUAUAGUUUAAUAUUUUUAUACCGUAAGAUUUAUUAUGUUUUUAUUUUUAUUUACAAAAAAUAAAUACAUUUCGACACCGUA